AUGAGUGCUAAUCUAACGCGACGUGCUCUUAGUUUGAGUGACAAACUAGACAUUUUAAGAAAAUAUAAUCAAUUUCCAAAGAUGGGACAACGUGAUGCAGCAGUUAGGCUGAACAUUUUACAAUCGGUAUUGGGUAGAAUAUUGAAGAAUAGGAAAGACAUUGAAUGUGAAGCAUUACAAAAUGAGUCGCAGAGUCGAAAAAGGAAAAGAUGUGAAAAGGAUAAUACUGUUGAAAGUGCAUUGAAAGAAUGGUUCGUAAAAGUUAGAAAUGAAGAUGCUCGCGUGUCAGGUCCUUUGCUUCGCCAAAAAGCUGAAGAAUUAGCAGAAAAAAAUGGGGAAGGUUGA